AGACAGGGAGAGACAGAGAGGGACCCAGGACGGACAGAUACAGUCAGCAAGCCGGCUCUAAUAUCAACGGGCGUAUGUGUGAAAGUCAAACAUACUGACUGGAAAAGGGUGGCCGGUCACGGGGAGUGGGUGCGGGCCGGGCUGCAGAGCUGAAGCCGAUAUUUCCAGAAUAUCACACUACUCUGAAUAUGACAACCAGUUAGCCCCAGCAGGAACAUCUGAGUCAGGCAUGGCGUCGUCUUCCUACUUGGAACCCAACCUCAAUCACACCGCAGCGGGUGGUUGUGGGGUUAAAUCCCGGUCUGGAAUGCCAGGUGGUACUGGUGUUGGUACCAGCGGCUCUGCAGGAGGUCUUGAGCGGCCUCCAGCCUCCAUGGACCGGGUUCUGAAGAUUUUUCAUUACUUUGAGACAAACAGCGAACCAUGCACCUGGGCCAGUAAUAUUAGACACGGCGACGCUACAGAUGUUAGGGGUGUUAUCCAGAAGAUAGCAGAGAUCCACAAAUUACGCUGUGUGUCCUCUCUUGGCCUCCGUUUGACCCAUCUGCACUCUGAAGGACUCCAUUGGUUACAUCCUGACUUGGGUGUGUCUCAUGUCAGGGAGAAGUAUGAGAAACAGCACCCACAGGAGGAGUGGAGGUAUGAGUUGCGGAUGCGGUACCUUCCAAAAGGUUACCUCAGUCAUUUCUCUGAAGACAAACCCUCUCUCAACUACCUCUAUCACCAGGUGAAGAGUGACUACAUGCAACAUGCAGCUGAUCUGGUGGAUCAAGAUGUUGCUUUGAAACUGGGAUGUUUGGAAAUAAGGAGGUUCUUCAGAGAGAUGCCAGGCAACGCCCUGGAUAAGAAAUCUAAUUACGAACUACUAGAGAAAGAUGUUGGUCUGAGAAGGUUUUUCCCCAAAAGCCUGCUGGACUCUCUCAAGGCAAAGACUCUCCGUAAGCAGAUCCAGCAGACCUUUAAGCAGUUUGCUAACCUCAAUGAUGAGCAGAGCAUCCACAAGUUCUUUGAGAUACUCUCUCCUAUCUACCGCUUCGACAAGGAGUGCUUCAAAUGUGCAUUAGGGUCUAGUUGGGUAAUAUCAGUAGAGUUAGCUAUCGGACCAGAGGAAGGAAUCAGCUACCUCACAGAUAAGGGCUCAACACCUACACAUUUAGCUAACUUUAACCAGGUUCAGUCCAUCCAGUAUUCUGCUUUAGAAGAGAAGGACAGGAAAGGCAUGCUGCAACUCAACGUGGCAGGAGCUCCAGAGCCUCUCACAGUCACCACGGCAUCGCUGACUACAGCAGAAAACAUGGCUGACUUGAUUGACGGCUACUGUCGACUUGUCUCCUCAGCUACUCACUCCUUCAUUGUCAGAGUCCACAAAGAGGGAGACAGAGCUCUGCCUUCCAUCCCAAAAGUUUCAAAUCAUGAGAGGCGGAUGGAAAAACGGAUGGAAGGAGUACGGACCAGAGCUGUUUGUGUCUCAGAAACAGAUGACUAUGCUGAGAUCAUAGAUGAGGAGGACACCUAUACCAUGCCUUCAACUCGGGACUAUGAGAUUCAGCGGGAUCGUAUUGAGUUGGGACGUUGCAUAGGUGAGGGCCAGUUUGGAGACGUCCACCAAGGAGUGUACAUCAGCACGGAGAAUCCGGCGUUGUCUGUGGCAGUGAAGACGUGUAAAAACUCGACGUCAGACAGCGUAAGGGAGAAGUUUCUCCAGGAAGCAUUGACCAUGCGCCAGUUUGACCAUCCUCACAUUGUGAAGCUGAUGGGAGUCAUUACAGAGAAUCCAGUCUGGAUCAUCAUGGAGCUCUGCACACUUGGAGAGUUACGUUCAUUCCUGCAGGUGAGGAAGUACAGUCUGGAUCUGGCCUCUCUCAUCCUGUACUCCUACCAGCUCAGCACAGCAUUGGCCUAUCUGGAGAGCAAACGCUUUGUACACAGGGACAUAGCAGCACGGAACGUGUUGGUGUCUACAGUCGACUGUGUGAAGCUGGGGGACUUUGGUCUGUCGCGAUACAUGGAAGAUAGCUCUUAUUAUAAAGCAUCAAAAGGUAAACUGCCUAUUAAAUGGAUGGCUCCAGAAUCCAUCAAUUUUAGACGAUUUACUACAGCCAGUGAUGUCUGGAUGUUCGGCGUCUGCAUGUGGGAGAUUCUUAUGUACGGCAUCAAGCCUUUCCAGGGUGUGAAGAACAACGAUGUCAUUGGCAGGAUAGAGAAUGGUGAACGACUGGCUAUGCCACCUCAGUGCCCUCCUACUCUCUACAGCUUGAUGACAAAGUGUUGGUCGUAUGAUCCCAGCAAGAGGCCGCGCUUCACUGAACUCAAAACACAACUGAGCACUAUAUUAGAGGAGGAGAAGCUCCAGCAGAAAGAGAGGAACAGGAUGGAGAUGAGGAGGCAGGUCACUGUUUCGUGGGAUUCGGGAGGGUCUGAUGAAGCACCACCAAAACCUAGUAGACCAGGCUAUCCAAGUCCUCGCUCCAGUGAAGGAUUUUACCCCAGCCCCCAACAUCCUGGACACUACCAGAUGGCUGGAUAUCCUGGCCCUCACACACUCCCCUCUGUGCCUAGUGCCCUGUACCCCCCGCCGGCGGCAAUGCUGGACACACACCACGCCCACACACACCCCCGCCACCAUGUCCACACACACUCGCAUGUACAGCACCUUCCCCAGCCACAUGGACAGGACAUGGCACUGUGGGGUUCAGCAAUCGAGGACAGGGCAGUAGACAUGCAGCAGUGUGUAGACCAGCAGUGCCUGUUCAUGGAGGAUCAGCUGAUGAUACAACAACAGCAGAUGGAGGAGGAUCAGAGGUGGCUGGAGCAGGAGGAAAUGCUGCUGAAACCAGACACCAGAAGUUCUAGAGGGAGUCUGGACAGAGAGGAAAGUGGACUGCAGCCACCAACAGGAAACCAGCACAUAUACCAGCCCGUUGGCAAACCAGAGCAUGCAGCUCCCCCAAAGAAACCCCCCCGACCUGGGGCCCAGAGCCAAGUGGGUAGUCUGACCUGUCUAAACACCGGGGACAGUUACAACGAUGGUGUGAAGCUGCAGCCCCAAGAGAUAAGCCCACCUCCCACUGCCAAUCUGGAUCGCUCCAACGACAAGGUGUAUGAGAACGUGACGGGGUUGGUCAAAGCUGUGAUCGAGAUGUCGAGCAAAAUUCAACCAGCUCCUCCAGAGGAAUAUGUUCCCAUGGUCAAGGAUGUGGGUCUGGCAUUGAGGACGUUAUUGGCCACAGUAGAUGAGACCCUACCACAACUUCCAGCCAGUACUCACAGAGAGAUUGAGAUGGCACAAAAGCUUUUGAACUCUGACCUGGCGGAGCUGAUCGGAAAGAUGAAGUUAGCCCAACAAUAUGUGAUGACCAGUCUUCAGCAGGACUAUAAGAAGCAGAUGCUGACAGCAGCUCACGCUCUUGCCGUCGAUGCCAAGAAUCUGCUGGAUGUCAUCGACCAAUCUCGGCUCAAGAUGAUGGCCCACUCCCGCCCACACUAGCCCCAUUUCAGCUGAGCCGGUCUGCUAUUUGACAGACGGACUCAAUAUGGUUACUGUUAGCAUUGGAGAACUAAAGACUCCUGGAUUAGUGACGUCAGCCGUUACUCCUGAUGCGUGACAGUUGAUGGAGCUGACAGCUUUACAUGAAAGGAAAAAACAGUGGUGUCUGAUAUUUUGACAACAGUCUGUGAAGAAUCAUUAGUUGUUGAAUCCUGUGUAUGCCGAGGUAAUCAGUUCAUUUGGGAUUUAACUCUCCACCACUGUGACUGUUCCUUAGUACAAGAACAGAGCAAAAACUAUUCCUGAAUCAGGGACUUGGCAGCUUCACUCUCUAUGGACUGGAAUAUAAAUAAUAACGAGUGGUUAGGUUCUGAAUUUACUGACAUCGGCCUGUAAUUGAGUGGAAUACAACUUUAAAGAAAAAAGCCAUCAGAAGCUGAUUGACUGCGUUUGACCUGCAACGUAUCUGUAAGAACAUGAACAGCACCCAUAUGAGCAUAGUCCAGGGGGAGAGGACUAAACAUCAGCCAGUCGCAGCUGGCAGCAGUCAGUACGUUUGUUGACAUCAUGAGUUUUGGCGCUUGGAUGUGAAACUCCUUCCUGAGUUGUAAUACAUCCACAUCGCCAUAAAUCAGUGGGCAGAUAAAACCUUUCGGCUUUCGUGGUUGUGGGCGGAUGAUUCAAGAAAAUUCACCAUAAAGGCAGCCUCAGUUUGGUCUCGGAAAAGCAGCCUUUCACCCUCCGUUGCUCCUCCUUUCACUCUCUCUCUCUCUCUCUCUCGCUCUCUCUCUCUCUUCCAUCCGUUCCCGUCUUUCCUCCGUCUCACCAGGUUUUAUUUAUAGACUCAGAAAUUGCAGAGGAAACGAAAGGAGAGACGAGAAGAGCAGAUUAAAACCUGUGGACUAUCUCUCCUCUCCUCUCUUUAUGCUGUCACUUUGCCUUCCUGUCGUUCUCACUGCUCCUCUUUUCCUGCAGUCUUCCUCAGCUCCGAUCUGAGCAGGUUUUUAAAGACUCCAAAAAUGUGAAGAAUCCAGCUGUGUCAUGCUAAACCCCACAGACAGGAAACUCCCUACUCGCACUCUAUCUUAGUGUACUCUUUUUAUCGGCCAGCUCCAUGUUUUGUUUUGUUUUUUGUUUGUUUUUUUGUGUUGUUCUGAGCAGUUGCAGUUCACAGUCUUCUUCCUCUAUACUGAAAACUGUUUGUGACGUGGAAUACAAGCAGAUAUUCAAUCCCAGCAUUGAGUCUGAUGAGCAGCGAAUAAAGAAGUUGGCACAUGAGGGUUCAGUCCUCAGUCCCAAAUGGGUGCCUACUUUCUGCUCAUCUUAGAGGAAGAGGAGGAGCGGACAUCAUCAUCAUUAUCAUCUUGGGCAGGAUCAUGUCACUUUGUCUCUCUCCUCGCCUGCAGUCCCAGUAUCGUCCAGUUUGUUCCCUGUGUGAAACUGGUGUCCCACCUUUAACUGUCCCCUCACCCACUGGUGUCACAAAGUGAUUUCCCGGGAACACAAACCAACCACACAACUGGAACCUUUUUGUGCUUUGAGUCCCAGUUUCUGUCAGGUGUAACACUUUCAAGAUGUCCCCGGCCUGGUCUCACUCCUGACGAGAGUCACCAGGGAAACUAACACACACACAAAUGAAAUGUGGAGCCACAUGACUGGAACUCGUCUUGCAGACACAAAACACUGAACUGAACAUGCAGCAGAACACUUGUGUCUUUGUUAAUACUGAACCCACAGGGAGUAUGACGUACUGCUAUAUGACAUGUACUGGUGACUGUACCAGUAUAGCAUGAUAUACUGGUAUGGUGAAGAGCAUAUUUGCACAGCACCAAAAAAAGAAUCUGAUUUGUUUCACCCUAUUUUACCCAGAUUUGAUUUCUGUGUUUAGCCAGCAAUGAAACUAUCAAAUCCUUGGGUGUUAUAGGGAUACAAAUGUAAAAGAAAAACAAACAAACAAGCAAAACAAUCUAUUUUAUCUCUUUGUUGUUGCGUAAAUCUGCUCAUGUUGGUAUAUUGUAAGCUAUACUGGUGUGUAUCACUGGUAAAUUGUACAGAACUCGUACUAGUAAACACUGGUUUUUAUUUUGUCUUCUGGGCUAAAU